AUGAAUACUCAUACUCAAGAUCUUGAGCAAAAUGAAGAGAUCAUCACACGCGAAAAUGAGGCCAGACCUAUUCUCAAACGUACCAUCGCGGGCAAAGACAACGUCAAAACGCAGGCGGUCAUUUCAGAGCUUGUUCAAACAAGACGAGGGCUGAACCAGCGUCACAUUCAAAUGAUAGCCCUGGCUGGAACGAUCGGUACUGGCCUCUUCCUGGCGACCGGAAAAUCCCUUGCAAGAGGUGGACCACUGAGCAUGUUGCUCGCAUAUUGCAUUGUGGGCAUGCUUAUCUGCUGCGUGGUUUUUUCUGUAGCUGAGCUUAGUGCUCUGGUACCUCUUUCCGGUGGCAUCAUACGACACGCAGAAUGGUUCGUUGACCCUGCGCUGGCUUUUGCGCAAGGUUGGAAUAGUGUUUAUGCCAAUGCAAUCCUGCUGCCAGCUGAGAUGGUGGCUUGCGCUGUCAUUAUCGACUUUUGGUCUCAUAUUAACCAUGCCGUAUGGAUCAGCGCUCUGGGUGCGCUGCUGGUGAUUAGCAACAUGCUAUUGGUCAGUAUUUACGGCGAGUUGGAGUUUGUAUUUGCGAUGUUGAAGAUUGCUCUGAUUGUUGGUGUGAAUAUCUUGAGCAUCUGCAUCACAUCUGGCGCAGGUCCACAGGGUUAUCCCAUGGGGUUUCGAUUUUGGCGGGACCCUGGACCCUUUGUGCAAUUUCUUGGUAUCGGUGGCUCACUGGGACGGUUUCUUGGGUUUUGGCGUGUUCUAAGCAGUGCAGCUUAUGCAUUUUCCAAUGUUGAAAACAUAUCGGUCGCAGCAGCCGAGACGCAGAAUCCUCGCCAUAACAUCCCCAAGGCCGCCAAACGUGUGUUCUGGAGAAUCCUGAUAUUUUACCUGAUUACCAUUUUUAUGAUGGGCCUGAUUGUCCCCUCCAACGAUAAGGGCUUGUUGUCGAAUUCCGGGGAUGCUGGAGCGUCUCCGUUUGCGAUAGCUGCCACUAAUGUCGGAAUUAAGGUGGUCCCUUCUAUCAUUAAUGCUAUCGUUGUCACAAGUGCAUGGAGCGCUGCAAUGCUCGUUGGAACCAGGACGCUAUACGGUCUUGCUCAAGAGGGGCAUGCCCCAAAGGUAUUCACUCGCAUCAAUCGCUUCGGGGUCCCCUGGAUAUCAGUUGCCGCAGUCGGAUCUUUUCUUGUCCUGGGGUAUAUGACGCUGUCAUCCGCGGCUUCUCUUGUGUUUGAUUGGCUCCAACAACUGGUCUCGGCUGCCUCAUUGGUGCAUUGGAUCAAUAUAGAGGUGGUCUACUUGAGGUUUUUUUAUGGCUGUAAGAAGCAAAAGAUCAACCGGACUGAGCUUCCUUGGAAAAGCCCCUUUCAGCCUUACGCAGCAUGGGCUGCUCUGGUUUCGUUCAGUAUCAUCCUAGUGACUGGUGGAUUCUACGUUUUUAUCGAGGGUAAUUGGAGCUCUCAAACCUUUGUAUCGUCAUACUUCAACAUACCUCUUAUAUGUGUCUUAUUUUUUGGGUACAAAUUUUGGCGAAAGACCCGGCUCGUUCCAUUGGGGGAAAUUCCAAUUCGUGAGUUCCUUCACAUCGCCAAUGACCACCCAGAGCCCAUCCCAUCCCCAGCUACUGGGUGGCGAAGAACAGAUAUCCUUUGGGCUUAA